UGGAGCCGAAGAAGAAAAAAUGGAAACAGAGACAGAUGGGCAGCAGCCUGAGAAGGUUGAAAGCAAAGCAGAGAGUGAAAUUGAGGAAGGUGAUAAAGUACAAGAAGGAGAAAAUGAGAGGAAUCCAGAAAAGGAGCAAGAAAGUGAAGCGACUGCAGACACCAAACCAGAAGAAAAGGAGGCAGAAGAGAACAAGGAGAACGUUGAUGCAAGCAAAGACAAAGAAAUGGAGGCUGGGAAGAAGAAAGUGGAACACGAGAUCUCGGAAGGAAAUGUGGCUACAGCUGCAGCUGCUGCUCUCGCCUCAGCUGCCACCAAAGCAAAGCACCUAGCAGCAGUGGAAGAAAGAAAAAUCAAGUCCCUGGUUGCUCUCCUGGUGGAAACACAGAUGAAAAAGCUGGAGAUAAAGCUUCGCCAUUUCGAGGAGCUGGAAACCAUUAUGGACCGAGAGAAAGAGGCAUUGGAGCAGCAGAGGCAGCAGCUGCUGACGGAGCGCCAGAACUUCCACAUGGAGCAGCUGAAGUACGCUGAGCUCCGCGCCCGGCAGCAAAUGGAGCAGCAGCACAGCCAGAACGCCCAGCAGCCUCACCAGCACUCCGCACCCGCGCUGAACCCGCUGGGCACAGCAGCUCACCAGGGCCUCCUGCCCCACCAGCAGCCCCCGCCGUACCCAAUGAUGCACCACCAGAUGCCUCCACCUCACCCCCCCCCAGCCAGGUAAGGAUCCAAGCACGGCGCUGCCGUCGCCACCCUGUGAGGGAUGGAAGGGAGAAGGGCAGGGGGUCAGGUCUCUGUUGCCGGUGUCGGUUGGAGUUGGGGCGCAUGGGAUUGCAUAGGAGCCCCGCUGUGCUGCCGUGGGUGAUGGGUGCUGCCUGGCCGAGCCACAGGCUGUUUCCAAAGCUCUGAAUGGAGAAAAACAAAGGAAGUAAAAACAGAGCUGCCACCGAGCAUCAUUGACAAAUGUCUCUCAGACUCUGUAUUUCCUUAAGACUUUUUCAUGCCAGGCCAUCUCUGCUCCUUCAACAGCAAUCAUUCACUCCGAUUUUCUCCAGUUCGUGACCUGUCUGAUCAGGUAAAAGCUUAAGGGAAGGGACACGAGCUGAGGAGCAGAGCAGGCAGCUCCUGAGGCACUUCUCCAUGGCAGGAGGUGUGACUGAUGUGCUCCAUGCCUUCCUCAGAGCAUCCCAGCUCCUGCCUCAUGGCUGUGCUGCUGUCAGCUGGGAAUCACAGAGCCGUGUUGGUUGGAGGAGUGGCUGGAAGCACAGCAGCAGGGCAGGUUGUGCCAUGGGGGUUUGGAUGUCUUUGGGGAUGAAGAUAUUCCUAACAUUGAGGGGUGGGGAAGCAGAGUGGCCAAGUGAUCGUGCAGGACCAGCUUGGAAAGCAGCAUUCCUGCCAUUUAUUCCAAACUGCGUGUGCUUCACUGCAGAACAGGUAGCUCUGCUUCUAAGAAACAAAGCUGCAAAGUUUUACCUUUAUUAAUGCAGUUCUGCCUUAAAACCAUUCACUGUGAAAAGGGAUUGGGACUGUCCAGUGUUGUACUUGUGCUGGGAAGGAGCUUAUGGGAAUUAGAAGGGAAGGCUUUGCAAUGCCUGCUGAGUGCUGCUGAAAUCAUUUCAAGCAAAAAAAGCCACCUGGAAUGGCUGAACCUGGUUGGGUGGCAGGGAGGGAGCACAGCUUCUGUCAGUUUUCAGCUGCUGGAGCAAAACCAUUCUAAAAGAUGACCGGUGGGUUAUUAAUUAAACAUCUUUCCUAUGGUUUUGUGAUAAAAUAGGCUCUGGGUUGGAUUGGAGUGAUGUAGUGCCUGGUUGGUCUUGUUUUUUAUGCCGUAUUGAUUACUUAGUUUGUUCAUUGAGUGCAAUGAAGAACCAUUCUGUGCCAUGGAGAAGGGGCAAAUUGAAGGUGGUUUGUAGGAGGGGGCCAUACAGUGUGCCAUCAGACCAGCUCUCACAGGCUGCUGUUGAGACUGAAAGCAUAACGAGGUAAUAUGCUUUGUUGUGCUCAUUAGGGGGCCAGUAAGGCUUUGUUUCUAAGAUGCUCACAUCCUCAGUUCACAUCAUGCCUUAUCACUUCAGCCCCACCAGAGUCAUCCAGGCCCUCCGUGCCUGCAGCAGCCCCUGCAGUGUGCAUUGCAGGGAGUGCAGUGCUGUUAAUGCUUCCUCCAGUGAGUUCAGCUCUUGUGUGCUGAGCCAGGCUGGGGUUGUGCCACAGGAGGGACCCUGCACUCUGCAGAUAUGGUGACCCAGAAGCUCUCCUGGCUUUCUGUUUGGCUACUUGGAGUUUUCCACUGUUCAGCUUUCCUUCCUCACCGUCAGAACAUCACGGUGUGGUGCUGUGCAGAUGGUGCAUGCACAGCCAUGAUCUGCAGCAGCCCUGCUGGAGCCCUCGGGCACUCAGCAGCUGUGUUCUGCACACACACACACACACACAGCCCAUGGGCUGCAUGCAUUAGGAAAAAUAAACAGCCCCAUCACAUCAGAUUGCUCACGUUCUGUCUGUGAUAAAACAGCAGAGCUGCUAUCACAGUGUGUGCAUCUUCCUCCCUUAUGCUUUCCUGGGAUGACUGUGAUGUAUUUAUUUGUGUCAGUCUUGGCAAGUGAGCAGUAAAAUAGUUUAAUGCAUUGAUCAGGAGUUGGGGCUCAACUUUGGAUCUCACUGGGGGCACCAGGCAGGAUGCUGGCAUGGGUUUGGGUCUCAGCUUUGGGUCUCAGCUUUGGGUCUCAGCUUUGGGUCUCAGCGUUGGGUCUCAGCGUUGGGUCUCAGCUUUGGGUCUCAGCUUUGGGUCUCGUUGGUGUCAGCAGGCAGGAUGCUGGUGUGGGAUUGGCUCUCCUUCGAGUCUCAUGGCUGUCACCAGGCAAGCUGCUGGCCUUAAGGGUGGUGAAAAGUGGAGCUGUUGAUUCAUCAGACUGUGAGCAAAAUGCAAAGUCAAAUGUCUUUACAGUGAUUGAUGUAAGCUGAAGAGAUGGCAGGAAACAAAGCAGAAGAAGGAUCUGAGAGGCGUUUAUAGAUGGAAAGAGGGAAAGCUGCUGCUUACAGCAUGCCUGGGUUGGAGGCAGAAGCAGGCUGGGCUCAAAAACAAACUUGCCCCAUCUUUCUGUUUCUGGCCUUGCAGUCGGUCACGUCAUAGGAGCUCGAGGCUGACUUCUCUUUGUGCACAGUCUGGUUGUCCGAGGGGGGCCCAGCAGAGCUGUGUACACGUGGUGCUGGUGGUGCAGCAUUCAUGCAUGAGUCUGGGCUUGUGAGCUGUAGCAGGAGAUUGGGGCAGGCGGGCUGAGAGCUCUGCCUUGCUGUGUCACACAGAAGCAGGGUGUGCAGGAGGACCCUCCAGGCUGCUUUGGGUGCCAACGUGGGCUGCUGGCUGCUGCCUCCUUCCCGACUCACACCGUCCUGUCAUCUUCAUGGCUGCGGAGCUCCUGGGAGUGUGGGCAGCUCCCAGCUCCUCCCAGGGAUGCAUUAUUGAAGGUGUGUCAAUAUUUCAGCACAGGAAGGAUGUGGAGCGGGUCAGGAGGAGGACAUCAGGAUGCUCAGAGGAUUGGAGCAGCUCUGCAAAGGAGAGCUGGGAGCUGACUGUGUUCAAACUGGAGGAGAGGAGGCUCUGAGGUGACCACGUUGUGGCCCUUCCAGUACAUAAAGGGAGCUUGUAAACAGGAGGGAGUGACUUUUUACACAGGCAGAUAGUGACAGGACAAGGGGGAACAGCUUUAAGCUAAAGGAAGGAGAUUUAGGUGGGAUGUGAGGAGGAAACUCUCUACCCAGAGGCGGAGAGAUGCUGGCACUGCCCUGAGCGGUGGGUGCCCCAUCCCUGGAGGUGCCUGAGGUCGUGGCUGGGCCCUGGGCAGCCUGAGCUGGGGGCAGGGGUUCCUUUCAGCCCAACCACUCUGUGGUUCUGGGAUCUUGAAGGACCCUUCCUACCCACUGUGUUCUGUGGUUCUGUGCUUGGAAGGUUACUUGCUGUGCUGCACAAGGGCUGCCCUGGCUGGAGUAGUGCAUCUAGCUGCUUGUACUGGGUGUGCAUGGUCACAGAAAUGCAGCAGUGACCACGGAUGGGUCUGGAGCCCAGCACAGCCAUCAGAGGAGUCAGAUCCAUCAGCACCAAGUGAGUUACACUGGAGGGAAGUGACAGAAACACGGCAUGCAAGCGAAGUGGAAAUCAUGCCUUUCUCCAGAGAUGUGAUGCUAAGUGAAUUAGCAUGCUUAAUUAUUCACAGUUCUCAGCUGGGAGUCGCCUGCUGCAGGGUGUGCUCAGUGCUGGGCACCUGAUGGAGGCCAUGGAGUGGGCCCAGAGUCCAGGGAAAGGAGUGCAGGUUGGGGUUGGGGUUUGGGAUCUCAGAGGUCUUUUGCAGACCUUUCUGUUUCACCAACAAAGCUGCUCAGGGUUCAGCACUGCAGUCCCCCUUUCGGAGCUCAUUGAAGCCUCACCUGAUUGUCAUCAUCACAUU